GGGGCGGGGCUCCGGCCCGCUGUGCAGCCGCCGCCCGCGGGCUGAGGGACCUGAGGCGCGGGGCCGGGAUCCGAGAGGAGCCCAGGCGGCGCCGGGCGCGAGGGCGGGCGUGCCCGGAGUAGUUGCGCAGGCGUCUCCCGCCGCCCCUCAAGCUCCGCACUUGCGGGUCCCCUCCGUCUCCGCCGGGACGCGGGAGAGCCCGGCGCGCGGCGGGGGCGCGAGGUGGAGCCGGCGGGGGCGGCCAAUGCGAAACUGGCUGGUGCUGCUGUGCCCGUGUGUGCUCGGGGCCGCGCUGCACCUCUGGCUGCGGCUGCGCUCCCCGCCGCCCGCUCGCGCCUCCGGGGCCGGCCCCGCAGAUCAGUUGGCCUUAUUUCCUCAGUGGAAAUCUCGUCACUAUGAUGUGGUAGUUGGUGUGUUGUCAGCUCGCAAUAAUCAUGAGCUUCGAAAUGUGAUAAGAAGUACCUGGCUGAAGCAUUUGAUACAACAUCCUGCAUUAAGUCAACGUGUGCUUGUGAAGUUCAUAAUAGGUGCUCAUGGCUGUGAAGUGCCUGUGGAAGACAGGGAGGAUCCUUAUUCCUGCAAGCUACUCAACAUCACGAAUCCAGUUUUAAAUCAGGAAAUUGAGGCAUUCAGUCUUUCUGAAGACACUUCAUCAGGGCUCUCUGAGGACCGAGUUGUCAGUGUGAGUUUCCGAGUUCUCUACCCGAUCGUUAUUACCAGUCUUGGAGUUUUCUAUGAUGCCAAUGAUGUGGGUUUCCAAAGGAACAUCACUGUCAAGCUUUAUCAGGCAGAACAGGAGGAGGCCCUCUUCAUUGCUCGCUUUAGUCCUCCGAGCUGUGGUGUACAAGUGAACAAGCUGUGGUACAAGCCUGUGGAACAGUUCAUCUUACCGGAGAGCUUUGAAGGUACAAUCGUGUGGGAGAGCCAGGACCUCCACGGCCUUGUGUCAAGAAAUCUUCACAAAGUGGCAGUAAAUGAUGGAGGGGGAGUUUUCAGAAUCAUUACAAUUGAAAAGGGUACAUUGCCUCAUGAGUUCAUGGAAGGUGUGGAGGGAGUCGCAGGUGGCUUUAUAUAUACUAUUCAGGAAGGUGAUGCUCUUUUACACAACCUUCAUUCUCGCCCCCGAAGACUUAUUGAUCAUCAAAGUAAUCUCCGUGAGGAAGAUGCCUUACUGAAGGAGGAAAGCAGCACCUAUGAUGAUAUUGUUUUUGUGGAUGUCGUCGACACUUAUCGAAAUGUUCCUGCAAAAUUAUUGAACUUCUAUAGAUGGACUGUGGAAACAACCAGCUUCGAUUUGUUGCUAAAGACAGAUGACGACUGUUAUAUAGACUUAGAAGCUGUAUUUAAUAGAAUUGCCCAAAAGAAUCUGAAUGGGCCUAAUUUUUGGUGGGGAAAUUUCAGAUUGAACUGGGCAGUUGACCGAACGGGAAAGUGGCAGGAGUUGGAGUACCCCAGUCCUGCUUACCCUGCCUUUGCCUGUGGGUCAGGGUACGUGAUCUCCAGGGACAUCGUCGACUGGCUGGCCAGCAACUCGGGAAGAUUAAAGACCUAUCAGGGUGAAGACGUAAGCAUGGGCAUUUGGAUGGCAGCCAUAGGACCUAAAAGAUACCAGGACAGCCUGUGGCUGUGUGAGAAGACUUGCGAGACAGGAAUGUUGUCUUCCCCUCAGUAUUCUCCACAGGAACUGACAGAACUGUGGGAACUGAAGGAAUUAUGUGGUGAUCCUUGUCAGUGUGAAGCAAGAUGACAGUGAUCUGAAGUGGCAGUGUUUAAAAUCAGGGUAGGCAAAUGAUAAUCUGAGUGUAAGUCCGAAGGAAGCCCAAGGUUUAGCAGUAUGGUCUUUCCAGGAGCAUUAUGGGCUGGCACUUUCACCUGUAACCAAUGUGGGAUUUCUUAAUGUUUGCACAAAUUUCCUUUUUAAAAGUCAACUGAUACUGUAGCAUAAGAAAAGUUUUUAUUUAUAUAUUAGAUGAUUUGAAAAAUACCAAAUUAUUUUACAAAAGGAAAAAUAUUUCUAAAUCCUGAUGCAUUGUUGCUAUCAUUUUUGGUUAAAACUUGGCCUAGCUCAGAAAUCUUGAUUAGUAACCGAGAGUUUGAAUUUCGAGCUGGACUGCUAUGUAAUUAUUGGCUAAAAAGAAAUCACAGAAGUGUUGUGUGAUCAUUUAUUUAAGCAUUGUUUGCUUAUACCAAAGUUUGGGGUUUCUGGAAAUAAUGUCAGAUUUUUGUGGCUCUCUGAAUGAAGUGGGCAACUGGACCUUGGUUUUAAGGAAGUUCACAUUUAUAGAGUAAUACUCAAGUUUUCUUUUGUCAUUUAACAUAAAUCCUGAAGAUCACAGUUUAGUAUUCAAAAAAAAAGCUAAAUUUUUGUGAAUAUGAAUAAAAAGCAAAUAUCUCUCAGGGUUUUAGUGCCAUAAGGAAGGAUAUUUCUAAAUUGCUGACACUUUGAAAGAAUUUUGUUUUCCUUCUAUCAUUGUAUAAUGUUUACCUAAUAUAAGUAAAUUUCAAUCAGAGUGGUCAUCUUCUGUAGAAGAUGAUAUGCUCAGUUUAGGUAUAACUGUAGGGAAAAAGCAUGUGAUUAAUUUUUUAAGUACUCUAAAAUAGUACAACUGAGAAGAGAUAAUAGCAUUUAUGUUAUACAUCAUAGAGGAUCUCUUUCUCUAAGUUUAAGGGACAUUUCCCAAAAUGACCAACCAAAUCAUUCUAGUAACCUUUUGAAAUAGUAGCAUCGAUAGAGAAUUCCAUUAAAACUAGUCU